ACCCCCUCCCGGCUCCCCAGCUCACCGUGUCCCCGCAGCCGCCUGUCUACGUAACUGGAGAAGCUGUGACCCUGACGUGCUCAGCUGGGGUGCCCACCGUGUCCGGGGUCCGGUUCUUCACGAACGGCCAGAAAAUCCACUCCAAGGAAUUCCCCUCAUCCUGGUACAGUUAUACUGAGUCGAUUCAACUGUCGGGGGUGUCUGGAUUGCGAGCUGGAAAGUACAGCUGUGAAUCCUGGAAGACAGUGUCUGGGCGAGAAAUAGCAUCGGAGAGAGGCCAACCCAUCUCCAUAGCAGUGACAGAUCCCCCUCCCCAGCCAGUGCUGAGGCUGGAUCCCCCUUCUGGAGCAGUGAGUGAAGGACUCCCCCUGCUCAUCAUCUGUGCGGUCUCCAGAGAUGCCAGAGAGUGGAGAUUUCACUUCUACAAGGACGGAGUCGAGAUCAACACCACGGAGCCUGGCAUCGGCUCUGUGAAUGUCUCUGUGCUCAGCAUCCUACAGGCCGGUCCCAACAACACUGGGGAAUUCACCUGUGGGUAUGAGGAGAACGUGAGCGGGAGGUGGAUCCCGUCCCCCAGGAGCCGGGCUGUGAACGUCAGUGUGAAUGUCACCGGGACAGCCUCUUACAGUACCCGUGAUAUUCUGCUGACAACAGGUGGCCUCUUGUUUCUGGUUGGAGCCAUUGCUGCUCUCAUCUGUUAUUGCAGGAGGAAGAAAAGAG